AUGCAUGUCUACUCUUGUAUUAUAAAGUGGGAUUGGAGGAGGGCCCCGGAGUCGUCUGUGGCCGUUAAUGAGAGGAUGGAACUUGAAAGAUUAUUGAGAGAUAUUGUGGUGGUUGAUAAAGAAGACACAUGGGAGUGGAAUGAUAGUAGGAAUAUUGAGUUUUCGGUUUCAGCGGCGAAAAAAUGGUUACGUGGUUCGACGAGAUGCGAGCGGUUUCAGUUUCAAUGGAGUAAGUGGGUGCCAAGUAAAUGUAACAUUUUCAUGUGGCGAGCUUUUUUGGAUCGUUUACCGACUAAAGUGGCUUUGAUGAGACGUAGGAUUUUUGUGGAGAACAUUAUGUGCGUUUGGUGCCAUAGCAAGGAAGAAAGUAUAGAGCAUCUUUUAACAGGUUGUCAUAUUUCAGCAGCUGUUUGGAGUGGCAUAUCGAGAUGGUGCAGAGUUCCGGAGGUAUAUGCGUUUGGCGUUAAGGAUUUGGUCGACCUUCACGAAUAUUAUGGCGGGUCAGACACUAAGAAGUUGCUGCUGCACGGUUUAAUUAUCAUAGUCUGCUGGCGGUUAUGGAGAGCAAGGAACGAGACGGUUUUUUCAAGUAAAGAUGCUAAGGUAGGUGAUAUUAUUGCGGACGUUAAGUCUUUUGGUUUUUUGUGGUAUAAACAUAGGUUUAAACAAGUGGUGAUGGAUGGUGGUGGGGUGGUGGUAGGUGGGGUGGUCAUAGGUGGUGGGAGCUGA